CAGAUGAGCUGCACCUUGAACGUCUUUGCCUGACCAGCCUUGUACCACCUUGGACCCUCUCAGUUUGUCCCCCGUUCUUCUCCUCCUCGUCAGCCUGCCUUAGGCAUUUAAAAACUAGAAUUCGGAGAAGAGCUGUGAAUGGAGCCGAGACGACCAUCGAUAGCGCCUGCCACUCUCGCAACCGCUGAUCUCUCCGAGGACCUGGACCAUUCCGCUUCUGCAGCAGCUAUUCAAUCACCUGGAUCCUCACAUAUCCUGAACCAGCGUCCACCAAAUCCUCAGCAGCCCACGUUCGCUAGAAACGCAUCCGAUGCAGAUGUAAGCGAUCGAUCUGAACUUCACACUCGCCCGUCCUCUCAAACGGGCUCGAUGCCCUCAGCAUCCCGCUUUCCCGAUGCCGCGAGGCCCGCCGAGCCCUCCGUUCGAUCAACGAGAAGCAGGUCUUUAGUACCGGACGGAGGUACAAAGGAUGGCGCCACCGCGGCUCCAAAGCAAGAAAAUGCUCUCCCCCGUGCAUCAACCGGCUCCCCGAAGGCUACUAAGACGGCUGGAGGGGCCGGCAAAAGCGAUGGACAGGAGCAAUCACGAAGCGGAAAGGAAAUUGUGAAGGGACUAAAGUCACAAGCCAACGAGGAGCUUCUUCAAGGUUUUCGAACCAGUUUUGACAGUCUGCGCUCGCUGGUCACCUGCCGUGUCUGCGUGAGAUUAUUAUACGAGCCUUACAUGAUUAGUUGCGGGCAUACUUUCUGUUACAGCUGUCUCUGCCAGUGGUUCGUCAAUAACAAAGCCCGCAAAACAUGUCCCGAUUGCCGCAGCGAAGUAAAACAUCCUCCUGCUCCAGCAUUUCUGGUUCGCGAAAUGACCGAAAUAUUCAUCAGUCGUGCCGAGCUUUUGCCUGCAGGGGAAACAGUCUUAGAACAUCAUAAAUGGAAGAAAGAAGAAUCUGAACUCAUUGAGCGUGACAGAAAUAACAAGGAUCCCGAAAUAGGCGGUUUAUUCAGAGGAUGUUUCAAUCAUCCGGAUGUGGAAUUGAGAGCCAUCAGGGACGAUGAAGACGGAGUUGAACGCUGUCCAAUGUGUGCUUGGGAGUUGGAAGAUGGUCUAUGUGGUCAAUGUGGGCUUAGAUUUGAUGAUGACGGGCGAGUUAUGCGAUGGGGAGCACCGAAUUUCAGCUUCAGCGAUGUGGACUUUGACGAUUUCCCAAGUGAGGAUUUGGACGAUGAAGUCAAUAUGGAAGACGAUUUCGGUAUCGAUGACGAAUCUCAAUGGGAUGAUACUCGUGCCAGCUACUCCGGUUUCGAUUUUUAUGAUGACGAAAGUUAUGCCCCCCCGACGACUUUUGCCAUCCAACGAGCUAUCAACCAAGGAAAUAUUAGACCACCCCGUCGCGCUGCGUUUCAUAGUGCAGCGGGCAGUCGAAGGCGCAGCUACACUUCGAGCCUGGUCUCUGACAUGACCAUUUCCGAAGAUGGGGAGAUGGGGACUGUGGAGGAGGAAAGUGAAGAAGAAGAGGAUGAUGAGCCAACGUCGCUUGACGGCUUCAUAGUGGAUGACGAGACUGACCAGGUAUCGCGAGGUUCGCAGCCUACCUUUCGGCGCGCCUCUCAGCAUCCAAGUCAGCGUCGAGCUCAGAGAACUGGACCGCGGGCUCCGCCAUCGGAUUCAGUGAGUACAGCGUCUCACACUCAAACAGAAGAGGAUGACGAUGAUUAUGACGAGGGCGGAGCCGUAUCAACGGGGAGGCGCCGAAGACCUGGCCAAAGAGGUCCUUCUCUAGGCCGACUCGGCCGCCGCGGGCCAAUUGCUCUCACUAUUUCGGAUGAUGAGGAGCAUGAUCUUAGCGAAAGUACACAGGCUCUUCUCCGAAGCCAGAGGGGAUGGUCGCAGCUCGAUCACGAUACUGCAGAUGAUAUGAGCGAGACAAAUGAUGACGACGAUGACGAUGAUACAAUGACCACAGUGGGAAUGCCGGCAAGCACAAUUGGGGCCGACAGGGCUCGGCUUGGAGGUUCUUUGACACCCACUGCUGACUGCCCCCGGCCUAACAUUCGUCCUCCAUCUCGAGUUAGGAAUCGGGUGAUUGAUGGGUCUCGAGGGAUCAGGAGAAGAUCUUCUGUACUAUCAGUGACUUCCUCGGCCAUUGACGAGGAUGGCGAGGCUGAUGACGACGACUCCGAUACUGGCUCAGUAAUUAGGGAUCGGGAUGGAGAUGUGGACAUGAGCCUCGAGAGUCCGCCUCAGGGUGCCACAAUUAACCGUCAUGCACGACUGCCGCCUCUUACGGUGAAUCGACCUGUCGCUCGACGGGAGCCAGCUGGGCCGGGCCCAAUCUCACCUUCACUGGACGGCACCGCAGACGUGGACUCUGACUCAACAUCUGAUGCUUCAAUCCAACCAGCUCGCCGACGUCGACCUCGGCGAUUGAGACAGCCUGAGUAUAACCCCAUGAUUAGUGCUAUCCUAGCUCGACACCAGAUUGAUAUGCGAGGAAAUAUUGCCCAGCUAGGAGAUUCCACAGCUAACAGUUUGGAGAUUCCCCGCACAAGGACACCAGUAGCCCGGCCCCGGACGGCAAACCGCAAUCGAGUCAGUAGCCGCUCAGGUACGCCCUCGAUUGCUCCGCCUUUCUCGCCCCUUUCAAACGGACCGUUGCCGCCAUUUUCUCCACCUCUAGCUGCUGCGCCAUUGCGUUCUCGGACCCCUUCAGUCAUGACAACCGUUUCUACAAGUCGAUCUUCGGAAUCACCUAAUACUGCAACGAGGGCGAGUACAUCACCUGCUGGUAACCCGACAUCUUUGGUAGAAGCCGCUCUUUCUCCGCCUCCUCCAUCAACGUUGAUCCAGACGAACGUGAACCCGGACCCAGCACCUCUGGCACAACCAAGUUCAAGUGGAACUCACGAUAGUGGCCCAGCUGUCCCUGGCUCGAUUGAGCGGCCGGUCAGUAGGAUGUCUUCCAUUUCCGGAUCUGGUUCAUCUAGUAGGCGCAUUUCGAUUCCAGGAAGAGACGCAAUUGCUACAUUUCAUGGUUAUCCGGCCACAGUGCCAUUUGUUGCACCCUCGCCGGGGCUGAAUUUUGCUGCUCGUUCCUUCCAAGGUGGCAAUCCGUGGGCUGGAUAUGUCCGGACUCGACCCUCGACUAACCGUUUGAGGGAGCAAAGCUCAACGGCGACGCUGAGAGCUCGUAACUCUCGACGCGAGCUGCGAUCCCAGCCCUCACAAAUAAACAUACAGGAUAUACCGGCACCGCAGCCGGUUAUGAGACCGCAGGCGUCACGGUCAUCUCUUCGCCCGAUGCCUUCCCAACAGCGUUUACGGCCUCAAGGAUCGACACAAGCACUACGAAUGGGUUCAACUACACCCACACCGCAAUCACCGAUUCGAGUUGGCGCUACUUUACCUAUGCCAGGGAUUCGCCACAUGAUCACUGGGGGUCGUCGCCUCUCAGACGAGGAGCGUCGACGACUAGGUAGUGAAGUAGUCAGACGGAGGGCAGAGGAGCUGGGACGGCAAAAUAGCAACCCUUUCGCUGCGAGAACCCGUCUGGCUCGGGGCUCUCAAACCGUAGGGAUUGGAUCAACCUCUGGCCAGGCCACCGAGCAAUUGCACACACAUCCGCAAUACCAUCGACAGACACACGAGGCCUCUGUAGACGACCGGAGUCAGCUUUCACUUGAGUCAUCUCGGGCGGGUAUAGGGCCUGUCACUCAACGGACAGACUUGAAUACCUCGGCCCCGCAGGGAACCCUUACAUCUAACACUCCGAGCACUUCAGCUCGCCAAUCCAGCCUCCAUCGGGGCAGCCGUCGAAAUCUGAGAGGCUCUUUUGAUGGGUCGACAAUGACAGCUCCUAAUCCCGGCAUGAAUGCUGCUCCUGUUUACACUCGAGAUCGUGCGAACUUGGGUAAUAACCUGGGCCACCAUUCCAACAUGCUUCGUGGCCUCGGUCCCAUGAUGGCUGGCGGGGAACCCCAGCGUCUGGGAUAAAUUAUUUCGCCUCGUGGAAAAGUUUACGAAAUUCUUUUAUGAAGUCUUAAAAACAGCAAGCGAAAAACAGCCACUCUCACGACUGGGCAUACAUUUUUCCUUUAACAAUUGUUUUUAAUUUUCACAACUGCUUUAGCCCCAAUGACUGCUGCGCUCUCAUCAUGCUCAUGACAUUAUAUUUUGCAUCGGCUCGAUCAUUUGUAUUUCACUUGUCAUGUUUACUCGCGCACCAAAAUCUGCAUUUUCUUAGCCAAAUUUCUAUUGAAACGGCAUAUGAUGAUGAUGUCUUUCGCAUAGCUCUUUGCAUCUUCACGGCGUUCAUUUGUUUUGAUCUUGAAGGUGUCUUAUCUCUUUCGGUCUUUGCAUCUUGCGUCUUAGGUAGCUCGGGUGAAAAAGGGGACCGGUUCUGACCUUUGUUCUUCUUCAUACAGUGCUGGUCCAAGACCUGGGGCUAGAGCUAAAUAGCGCUUUUUUUUAUGAAUAUAUGCGGAAAUGCAGAC